AUGUGGCCACUUUUAACCGUCAGUUUCAUGUUGUGUUUCGUACCCUGCUAUCAGCAGUUCCCCCGUUUGUGUGCCACCCGGGAAGCUUUGCUCGCCAAGGAGUGUUGCCCACCUUGGGAGGGUGACGACUCGCCCUGCGGAGCCAGCUCCGGACGGGGCUUCUGCCAGGAUGUGGAGGUGUCGGACCUGCCUGAUGGGCCGCAGUACCCCUUCUCCGGAUUGGACGACAGGGAAAAGUGGCCCUUAGUCUUCUACAACCGGACUUGCCAGUGCGUAGGGAACUUCAUGGGUUUCAACUGCGCGGACUGUAAGUUUGGCUACUUUGGAGUGAACUGCAAUGAGAGAAGAGAGUCUCUCAGGAGAAACAUAUUUCACCUGUCCAGGGCCGAGAGGAUCAGACUUGUGUCCUACCUGAACUUGGCCAAGCAGACAGUCAGCAGGGACUAUGUUGUGGCCACGGGGACCUACCAGGAGAUGGGGAACGGCUCCGACCCGAUGUUCGCAGAUGUGUCUCUGUAUGAUGUCUUUGUGUGGAUACAUUACUAUGUGUCUCGUAAUGCGCUGUUAGGCGGGCCAGGGAAUGUGUGGACCGAUGUGGACUUUGCCCACUGGGCCCCUGCAUUUCUUCCGUGGCACCGACUAUACCUGCUGCACUGGGAGCAUGAGAUUAGGAAGUUGACCAGAGACAUGAGUUUCACCAUCCCGUAUUGGGACUGGAGAGAUGCUCAGGGCUGUGACGUGUGCACGGACGAAUUGAUGGGGGAUCGGAACCCCCAGGACUCCAGUCUUCUCAGUCCAGGCUCAGUUUUCUCUUCAUGGACGGUGCUGUGCUCUCAAGCAGAGGUCUACAAUGACAGAGGUGUCCUAUGUGAUGCCAGAGGAGAAGGCCCUCUACGACGUAACCCUGGAAACCACAAUCUCCGUUUGGUUGAACGAUUACCAACUUCAGCAGAGGUGGAGUUCACUGUCAGCUUGACCAACUAUGACACCGGAGCCAUGGACCGCAGUGCCAACAUGAGCUUCAGAAACACUCUGGAAGGAUUCGGAGAUCCUCAGACGGGUUUAGGAAAUAGUUCUCAUUUGGGCAUGCAUGCUGCUCUCCAUGUGUUCAUGAAUGGCUCCAUGUCCUCAGUGCAGGGCUCUGCAAAUGACCCUAUAUUCCUCCUCCAUCAUGCUUUUGUUGACAGCAUCUAUGAGCAAUGGCUCAGGAGGCAUAGACCAUCUCCAUCCCAGUACCCAGACUCUAAUGCUCCUAUAGGGCAUAACAGUGAAUACCAUAUGGUUCCAUUCAUGCCCCUCCACAGAAACAGAGAAUACUUCAUUUCCAGCAAAGACCUGGGGUAUGAAUACUCCUACCUGCUAGGUGCAAACCAGAGGAUAGCAGAAUCCAUGCAUCCCUACCUGGAGGAGUUGUGGAACGUGUGGCCCUGGCUGCUGCUUGCUGGACUCUGUGGUGGGAUCGUAACAAUGGCCAUAGCUGUUGUUGUCAUUACUGCAAAACGGCAAUACCGCAGGUCACCUUGGCUGCACGAGGGGACGUGGAAAAACUUAUUUGCUCUUCCAGAAAGACAGCCACUUCUUUUGAGCUGUGAAACAGAGGAAACCAAAUCCCGUAACUACCAAACUGCUAUGUGA